AUGAAUCAAUCUCAUUUACCUAAGAGAGUUGUAGUUACUGGUCUUGGCAUGGUAUCUCCAAUUGGAGUUAAUGUCAAAGAGUCAUGGGCUAAUCUUUUACUUGGAAAAUCUGGAAUUGUUUCAGUGAAGGGAGAUCCAGAGUUCAAAGGUCUGAAAUCUCAAAUAGGUGGAAGGUUACCUGCUCAUUUCGACAUUAAGAAAUAUCAAACAAGCUUUGGAGAUGCAAGAAUCUUUAGUUUAGCAAAUGCUGUGACAUUGGAGGCUAUUGAAGAUGCAAAAUUAAACUUCGAUCAAGUGAAUAGAACAAGAGUAGGAGUAGUUCUUGGAAAUCAAUUUGGAGUUCUUGAAAAUUAUAACAAACCCAACGACAAGCUAAGACUCCUUAAAACAAUGAACCAUAUGGUUCCUAGCUUAAUAGCAAUCAAUCACUAACUUAAAGGGCCAGUCUCAGCUGCUAGUACUGCUAGUUCAUCAGGAGGAGUUGCUAUUGGUGAAAGUUUCAAACUCAUAAGAGAAAGCUACUCUGACAUAAUCAUUACGGGAGGAAUGGAUUACAAUCUCAAUAGACAUUUCUUUGAAGGAAUGGAGUUAUUUGGAGCUAACUGCAAUACAUUCAAUGACCAUCCUGAACAAGCCAGCAGACCAUUUGAUACGAAAAGAGCAGGACCAAUUAUGUCUGAUGGAGGAGGAGCAUUGAUUCUUGAGUCAUUAGAUUCAGCUCUUAGCAGAAAUGCAAAUAUCUAUUGUGAGAUAGUUGGAUAUAGUUAAAAUACUGAUGCAUUUCACAUCUUAAGACCUACAGAUGAUGGAGAAGGUUUAUUUUUAGCGAUUUAAAAUGCCCUCGUUUAAGCUGGAAUCACCCCAAGUUAAAUAGAUCUAAUUAAUAGUCAUGCAACAAGCACUCCUGCUGGUGAUUUAUCAGAAACUAAAUGCCAUUAAAAAUUAUUAGGAAAUUAAACUAUAUGGAGUAAUCUAAAAAAUCUAACUGAGAGUAAUUAUUUAGAAUUGAUAAAGCAAACUGAUCUUGAUACUAACAAUAUGAAGAGAGCAACAAUCACUGCUCAUAAAUCUAACAUUGGACAUACUUUCUGUGCCGCUGGUGCAUUAGAAUCAAUAUUUGGUAUUUUAUCAAUAAGAGAUCAGGUUGCACCAAGAAUUAUUAAUCUUGAGAACCCCCUUACGGAUUCAUUAUCAUUUGCUUAGGAAAAUGUAGAAAGAUAAAUUGAUGUUGUUGUGAAGACUUGUCUUGCUUUUGGAGGAGUAAACUCUGCUCUUGUUUUCAAAUCUUUUAAGGAACAACAGUCACCCAAAUUAUGA